AAGCGAUCUCAAAAACAUUUCUGCGAGACGCCAUAGCUAAACCUUAACAUGGACGCCCAGAAGGAAUCUAGGCUGGUUGGGACUGUUGUUCACUCAAAUGACGAAUCUAACGGAGGACAACGUGGAACUGGAAUGGAACCUCCACCGCCAUACACUCAAGUGCCACAGUAUAGAGAGGAAAACCCACAAGUAAUUCAGAAUCCCACAAUACAACAACAAUGGCCGACUCAACCUGGAUCCAACUUCGCAGGAAGCGCUCAACAGGGUCAACAGCAACCGUCCUAUUCCCAACAGCCGGGUGCAUUUCAUCUGUACAAUACUGGGUAUCCCAGACAAUAUUAUCCUGGUCCUAAUGUCGUCAGUGGAGAAGUUAAUCAUCGUCGGCAGCAGGAGAUAACGAUCCAACAAGGGAUCGCCAACACGGUGGUCAUCAGUCGUAGGUACCCUCGGCGAAGCUGUGCCUACCGUCUCACCCGGCUCGGCGUUUCGUUCUUCCUGGUAGGUUUGGUAUUACUUAUUGUGCUUGGUGUCCUUAUCGUCCAUCCCACCAUGAACGACAUGAAGCUGAAGAAAGCCGUGUGCACUGUCACCUCUAGUGAAAUGACAGGAGAGGAUAAAAGUUGUAGUUGUGGUCGGUACUGUUCUUCGUCUUACCCUUGUCUCGAGAUAAGAGUGGGCUACCACGCUAGCGGUGAGGAACACACUGCUUAUCUGUAUGAAAAUGUUUACGACAGCAAAAACAAGGUGAGAGGUGACUUUUUAGUAAACAAUUUUAGUUUUUAUUAAGUAUAUUUUCGGCUGAGUAACACGCAGUACUCGAAACCUUCUAAAAUCGUCUUUGGACAACGUUAAAAUUUUUUCACUUUCUAGAAGCGCUUGAGGAUUCUAAAUGAAGACGAAAUAUUUCCAAUAGAAAUUGGUAUUUUCCAAAGAGAAAUAUGGACGAAUAUUAGACUACCGGACGUUUAGUUGUUCGAAGACCGUGUCCGGUAGUGUCCGGUGAAAAUUUUAUUAGUGGAACGCUUGGAUCUCCGCACUCUGUGUACAAGGUCAGCGAAACAGAUAACGUUGGCAUUUUUUCACUUUCACAUUUACUUAGUAAAUAUCAAAACAGGAAUGUAUUACAGUAUUAACAUAUAAUACAGUAUUUAUUAACCACUGAAAUUAUUACAAUAAACAUAUCAUUUACUGUAUAUGCUGGUACAUCAUACUUGUAAGGAAAACCUUCAUGUGUUUACUUUCAGUGCACAUUUCAUAUAGUUUAUCAUUUCAAUUAGUGACAAAAUUGUUCACACACAUCACCUUUGAAAAGGUUUUAGUGGACUAACAUAACAGUUUUAUUACUAAUCAAAACUGUAACAAAAUUCUCAAACGUGAUUGGUCAUCACCAGCCUGAUUUGAGCGCUAACUGGACGGUGUGUGCAUCAUGCUUGUAAUUGGACAGUGUAAUAGGACAGUUACAGGGACAGUUAACACAUCAUACCUGUGUAAGUGGACAGAACCCAUCAUGUGCAUGGCCUGUUGUCUUGCAAUUCGCUGAGUUAACAGUUUUUUUUUUUUUAUGAAAACAUACAACUAAUGUCUAGUUUCUUUCUCAAAUUUUGUCAUGGUUUUGAUAAAUUAGUAACAGGACUUUGUGUUGUCCAAUUCUGUCGGUAAUCAUACUCAUAAUUAACAAAUCAGACUCCUGCUUCAUGGUCAUUCAAUUUUGUUAAGUAUUUGUGUGAUUACAGACCGAACUGGACUUCACUUGGUCCUAUUACCAUUAUUUGUACCCUUGUUUUCACCCAGUCUCUCCCUGCACUAAGGAUCACUGUGUUUUCUGUGAUUGAACAACAUUUAACCUUUUACACCCUAUCAUCAUUACGCAUUUUCUCUUUACUGUUCUCUAUACAUUUCCUAAGGUGCUAACGAGAGAAUUUGUUUAACAAUCAAGAGCUUCUUUAGUUGGUGAUUAUUUCCUUUCUUGUCAUAACUUUAAUGUGUGAUUCAAGGGUGAUAUUGUAAGGAGAAAUUAGAUGCCAGUCACUCUUAAUGGACAAAGGGUUCAAGAGUUUCUUCAUUUGCUGAUCAUUUCCUUUAUUCUCAUGACCUUAAUGUGUGAUUCAAGGGUGAUAUUGUAAGGAGAAAUUAGAUGCCAGUCACUCUUAAGGGUUAAAGGGUUAAUAGGAAGAUGUGUUUUAUGGUGAACUACAUGGCAUUGUAAACUUAUUUUCUACUUUUGUUCCCAAACAUUUUUUUUAUUUGUAGGAAUUCAUAAUUACAUAAUUUCUACAUAGACUUCUUACAAUGUUGGUCGCAUUACAAUCCUUCAGUUGCAGAAAAAUACUAAAAUAUGUAGUUUUACAGAUAGACUUUGUCAAUUUUUUGGCCAUUGUAUAAUAUUAUUGUUAUAUUUUUGUUACAGUGUAGCACUCAGCCAUGUGAUACUUACAUGUAUGGAAACUACGAAAGUGUAUCAAGCUUCGAAAACAAGUAUGGUCAAGUUCAUGAUACUUACACCUGUUACUAUAAUCAAAAGAAACUUGAUGAGGUGUUUUUAACAAGAUCUUCAGUGAAAAGUGAUGAGAUGAAGAUUUUGCAUUGCAUUUUGUGGCCGAUGCUCAUCAUCGCAAUGAGUGUUGGCCUCCUUGGUACCCUGUUUUGCCGAUCCAAGGGCCACUGCUGCUUUAAGAAGACAAAUGGUUCCUCUGUUCCCUACCAAGGCCUACAGCCAACAGCUUGAGGCCAUGACAAGUCAGAAGUGAGUAUAUGGAAGUGCUUUUUGAUAGGGUGGCAAAACGAAAAAUGGAAGUGACUGCAAAGUGAAAACUUUAGAUAAAGAUAAUUAAUUUAACCAGUUGCCCAAUUUAUUAGUUUAGUACAUAGAACAAAUAGUUUGAACCAAUCAUGGUUGGUUGUUGCUCAAAAACAGAGCAUUUCCAGAUUACCAUUGAAGCCCUCUUUAAAAAUUGCUUCAUGGCUGAGUUUGCAUAAUCUCUUAACUCCCUAGAUCUGAUUUGUAAUCUUCCCUCUAACUGCUACACAUUUCCUUUUAAACCAGUAAAGAGAAUUUCUUGUUGGAUCAAGAUGAAAACUUCUACUUGAUAAGUUUGAGUAUUCUCAUUACCUGUUUGCUGGAUGAUGUGUAAAUAUAAUAGAGAGAAGUUACAUGCUAAUCACUUCCGGGUGUUAAAGGGUUAAGCUUUCAAUAACACAUUUAUUGUUUUAGGUUAGAUCAGCUUGACAUUUUUUAAGGAUUUCUUUUUCUUUAAACACUUUAUUUGCAGCUCAAUUGGGAAAUCAUUUCAUUACUUGUGCUAAUAAAUGAUAGAGCCCUGCAAACUUAACCCCUUUAACUCCCACUGUCUGCCAUAUAGUUCUUAUGAUGUUAGUUUGGAGAAUUUGGUAUUGGAUCAACUUAUAAUCCUAUGAUUAAUAUUUUUCUUUAUUUUCAUCACUUGUCUGCUUGAUUUUGUAUUGAUAUUGUAAGGAGAAGUUCUGUCUCAGUCACUCAUGGGAGUUAAAGGGUUAACUACUAAGGGAAAUAAAAAAUAUUUUUACCCUUUAACCCUGAAAAUUGUCUGGCAGUUUACUUCUCUUUACAAUGUCACCUCCGAAUCAAACAUUAAGUUAACAUGGAUAAAGGAAGUGAUCAUCAACUUAAGAAGCUCUUGAUUGUUAAAACAAAUUCUCCUCAUCAGCUCCUCAGAAAAAUUUUUAGAAAACAGUAUGGAGAAGAUGCAAACUGAUGUUAAGGUGUGAAGAGUUCAUGUAACAGGAGUUAAUGAGGCCUAUGUUAGAUUUGUGAAAAUCCUCAGGAAACCCUAGUAGCUUUGAGUGACUGUUUCCAAGAUUUCCAUACUCAAGUUUGGUCUUUUCUCGUUUAUCCAUGUAACUUUGAAUAUUAAUCACAUUUUUUUAACGAUACUUUAAAAAUGCCUUUUAUUUUGUUGUGUGGUUGAAUUUUUCUGUAUUCUGCAUGAUAUAAAGAUGCAGACUCCUGGGUCACUUGAAUAUUAUCACCAGGAAAGGCAUGAUUAAUUGCACUAAGACGUUACAUAAACUUGUACUAUGUGACGAAAAAUAAGGUACUUAGUUGUUUCUGAAGAUGCUGUGAUUGUUAAAUAGCAUGCAUAGAUACAGUGAUAGCAUAUAUAAUUGCCAAGACCAUAAUGAUGAGCAAAGAGGGUAAGUUUCUAAAGAAACUGUGAUUCUGUGUCAAUGGGGAUACACUAAAAUAAUUUGCUUUUAUUUAAAAUUUAUGUAUCAUAAUGUAAGUUGUUUGCCACUGUAAAGAGUCUCAAAAGCUGAAGUUUCAAGGGCGAAGCCCUUUGUCAGGUGUAGGAAUUGACUGACACAGCUAAAACACUUAGCAAUGUCAUAUUAGCACAGGAAAGAUAAAUCAAUAUAACAUGGUUACCUAAAGAGUGAUGUCUCUAUAAUAUGUAAUGCUUCAUUUGAAGGUACUGCCAAGUAAGUCUGGCAUUCUCAAGGUAAUCCUUAAGUAAACUCUCCAUACUUGAGUUGGGAGGAGCAUUUGUAGCAGAAUACACUGUGUGUCCCAUAAGGUAAGAAAAAAAAACAUAUGGCACUGGCUUGUGCUUCUUAUUACAUGUAACUAGGGACGCUACCUUAAUUAGAGGUGCUAACAUCUGUCACGAAAAGCAACAAAACAAAAUAUAUAGAGAGUGAAGGGUGGAGUGUUGGGAGGAAUUUGAUGGACUGGACUUUACUUUUUUCUGAAAAUGGAAAGUCAAAGUUCACCUUUCUGGAGCAUUUGCUUGGGAUUUGCGUGCUUUGCCUGUUUUUGAUAACAACAUAACUACCGGUAGGUUUGUUCUCUCGUAUUAUUGAAUGCAAUAUUCAGUACUUCCUGCAUUUUGAAUACAUUUAAUCUGAGCAAGAGUAAGAAAACCGAUUCUUCCUGAUAGGAGACAGACUAUUAGUUAGUUCUUAUUUGGCUUGGGCUAGAAUAUAUCUGUCUAGACCUGUUUUGGGAGUUUUGUUAUUUUGUAUUUCUAUUUUAUUGGAGUAAAUAUAAGCUAUAUUGGACUCAGAUAGUGUUUGUGUACUUGAAUUCCUCAAAGGAAAACUUUCAUAGAUUUAUUGUACCAACAGUUACAUACAUUUGGGAUUGUUUUAGCUUUGAAAAAUCAAAGGAAAACUUGUAGACAUAAAGGAAUUAGCUUCAACAGUAAUAAGUAUGUCUUCUUGUAAAUAAACUUUAAGAUUGAUGUCUUAAUCGUGUAGUAGAACAGGAUGGGUGGGGGGAGGGGGGUGGGGUGGACCCUGAAGAUUAUUACCAAUUUCCCCCCCUUCCCUCUUUCCUCGUGUUUUUUUUUAUGCUCUGGUUGUAAUGAGAUCUAAUGGUUGCUAUGACAAUAAACUUGGUAACAGAUGAUAAUUACUGAUAAGGCUGGUCUCUUGGGAAGGCCCCAUACUUGACCCCCCUGAAAUACCGUACGACUCAAUGCUCUGAAUGACGAGUGAAUGUUGUUUGUCAUAAAUCACACUGAGAAAACCAGGUGGUAAAAAAUAGGCCUUUUGGUCGUUGUGUUUUAUCUUUGAGCAACAAAUUUUUUCACUAGUAUUAUUAUUCUAUUUAAUGACAAAUCCAUC